UUCUCUGGGCUACAUCGCUCAACGAUGAGACCAUUCCAGCAAUAUCUACCUUUCGAAUAUCCUAGACCUCGGAUAAACAUAUAUGUUGGUGAAGGAUAUAUAAUUCUGAAAACCUUCCAACAGUCAUAUUCUAUCUUUCAACUAGUACAACUUCCCCAUCAUCUCCACGUACAUUAUGCCAAAAGGGCCCGAAGAAGCAAUUGUUGAAGACGCUCUGGCAGAGGUCCAAACUGCGGCCAAGAAUGACUCUCUCCGAAAGCUAUUGCAAAGUCAUCUGAUCAGGCACUGUACUAUCGAGAAGCUACAAGCUUUCCACAGGUCGAACGACAAAUACAAGAAGUAUAUGGUGUCAUACCUAGCACAGACUAUGGCUAUAGAUAUGUUUGAGAGUUUCGGCCGGGCCUUAGCCUCAGAGUUGGACAAAACGCCCUAAACAUUUUGUUGGGCUCACGUCAGGCCCAGGAGGUGUGAGUGGUCUAUCUGGACAGCCCCAGCGCAGUUA